AUGGGGAGCGUCCUGCUCACUGUUCUUCUGAUGUCAGUCUCAGCGCCUUGCUCCCAGGCUGUGUGUCUGGGAAGGCUGGACCCGAGUCAGCUUCUGGGGUCCUGGUACGUUCUCGCCGUGGCCUCCGGUGAGAAGGGCUUUGCGGUGGAGAAGGCCACGAAGGACAUCGAGGGUGUCGUGGUGACCCUUACUGCCGAAAGCAGUCUGAAAAUGCUGUCCUCCAGGCACAGGCCGGAGAGGUGUGAUGUGGGCAUGGUGUUGCUGUGGAGACAGAACUCUGGAUGGGUGUUUGUGAACCCCUCCCUGGGCGUGUCAGACUACUGGGUGCUGGGCACCGACUUCAGGGACUAUGCCGUCAUCUUCACCCAGCUGGAGUUCAAGGACGAGGCCUUCAGCAGGGAGCUAUACAGUCGGACGGAGCUGGCCAGCCAGGAGGCCGUGCGUCUCUUCACCAGGUGGAGCAGGGGCCUGGGCUUCCUGUCCCAGCAGCAGGCCGCGCUGCAGCGGGACCUCACCUGUGCGCACAAGGCCUUCCAGGUAAGCUGGCUUCCCGAGCAUCACCCCGCAUCCUACACCCCAGUGCUCUGCAGCCAUGAGGGGCCGGGGACCCGGGUGGAGGCAGACCCCCCUCGAACCUGGGGUCCUCCAGUGCUCUUCCUGGUUUUCAGUGAAUGCUUCGCCUCCAGUGGGGACAGUGCCCACCGUGUCCAGGCGAGGCCGGCCAGGCGCUGGCAACCUGCUCAGCCACCCAGGUGCUGGGUGCUGGGUGCUGGGUGCUGGGCAGGUGCUCCCAGGGAAUCUUGCUGCGUUUCCAAAUAAAGCGAUUCCACAAACUGCUAUAGUUACCUCUCACUCGUGUGCUGGGCUGGGCUCG